CAGAGACUGAAGACCAGACUGGAGACUCUUCUGAUCCUGAGACUGAUGACAGUGCUGAUUGGAAGGAGACCAGAGAACCUCAGUCAGCUUUAAACUCUCUAAGGAAGGAUUCAAGUUGUAAGAAAACAUUCAGCUGCUCUGAGUGUGGGAAAAGAUUUAACCGUGAGUCACAUCUGAAGAUACACAUGAGAAGUCACACAGGAGAAAAGCCUUUCAGCUGCUCAGUUUGUACUAAGCGAUUUGGCUACAACUCAGCUCUGAAGAAACAUAUGAAAAUCCACACAGGAGACAAACCUUUCAGCUGCUCUGAGUGUGAUAAACAAUUUGGCCAGAAGGAACAUCUGAAGUUACACAUGAUAACUCACACAGCAGAAAAACCUUUUAGCUGCUUAGUUUGUGAUAAAAGAUUUGGCAACAAGUAUAAGCUGAAGACACACAUGACAACGCACACAGAAGAGAAACGUUUCAGCUGCUCACGUUGUGAUAAACAAUUUGGCUACAAGUCAGAUCUGAAGACGCACAUGAGAACUCACACAGGAGAAAAACCUUUCAGCUGCUCAGUCUGUAUAAGAUCUUUUUCAGAGAAUGGAGAUUUACGGAAACACAUGAGAACUCACACAGGAGAAAAAACGUUCAUCUGCUCAGUCUGUAAGAAAUAUUUUACACAGAGAGGAGGUUUACACAAACACAUGAGAAUCCACAGGAGGAGGAUGAUGAUGCAGAGGGAACUUACAAGAACUACACCCGCGCCCCCCAGCGCUGCGUGGCCACACACUGCUCUAAAUGCCUGAGCUAACUGCCGAGUCAGAAACCAGAGACGGCUUCACACUUCACACUUAGACUGAGGCGUUGACAAACCAUUUUUUAAUUUUCCAAAGCAACUUCCAAUGAGUGCAUUGAAGGUUCAAUCAGAACAGCUUGUAAAGACUAUACUAUACUAUACUAGAUUAUAAAACCAGCGUCAAACUGUCAGUGAAGACAAAAUUCUGAGAAUGUGUGCACUUUCUGACUUCUUCAGAAAAGCCUGAUGGUCGCUCCAUAAGUGACCAAACUGAUGUUAAAAGAUGCUCUAUUCCCACUGAUUGCUCUGCAGCCACCGUGGUGCUCGUGCGUGUCUGUGUGGGGGGGAGCCGCUAGGAGAUAGAUAGAUAGAUAGAUAGAUAGAUAGAUAGAUAGAUAGAUAGAUUUUUAUUGUCAUUGCAUAUAUUGCACAACAAAACUUAGGUGCUUAGUUGGAGCAAUCCAGCAUUAAAGGGCAACUACCGUUUUUUCUACCUGAACUUUCCUAUGUUUUAGUGUCUAAGUGAGUGAUGGGAGCAACUAUCUUUGACAUUGGUCCAGUAUUAAAAGAGAUCGCUGCACCUUCAAUUUACCUCCA